AUGGAACACAGAGCAUCAAUACUCUGGAUAGUGCUGCUCUCGCUGCUAGGCCGGGCGCUCACCUACCAGGAGAAGGCGUCGCUGCAGCCAAGCCAGGGCCAGGCGCGCGGCGAGAACUUGCAGCAGACACAACAGCAGGUCCUGGGUGGCAGGGGCAGUGGCAGCGGCAGCGUUGGCGUUGAUACAGAUACGGUGGGAUCGACACGUAACAUCGAAGAUCAUCUGUUGACAUCGAUGGGUAAGGCUGGCUUCAAACACUUCGUGGGCUCCAGCUCGACGACUACAGCCAAACCGCCAGUACAACAUCAACACCAUUACUAUUAUACUUCAGAGGGCAGCGAGCAUCCUCGCCAGCACGGGCCAGUAUUACCGCCAGGAGUUUAUCCGUGGCCCGGUUAUCCUCAAGUACCACCGCAGCGUCCCUGGGCGCCGCCCUAUAAUCCUUGGCCCUAUGGCUGGGGUCAUUGGGGUGGUGGUGGUGGUGGUGGAGGCUAUCCAUGGUAUCGCUCCACGGAAAACGAAGAACUCGACGAGAACGCAGUGCAGCCAGAGCUCGCACCACGCUCCAUUCCCGGCAGCUAUCAGGCACGCGUCUUGGCCUCCACGAGCAACCUCGUCGCUGGCAAGUCCAACAACAAUGUUUGGCCGCUCUAUCACCUGCUCAAUGUGGCCCGGGUCUAG